CGUUGAUAAUUCCAGAACUCUUCUCCCAAACUGCAUUUUAUGCCAUUAUGUUUAUUGACAGGCGCUUGACAAAGUCAUAUUUUUAUGAGUCAAAAUUCUAAUAAUUUAAUUACACGAAGAAACCUUACAAAAAAACUGCAAAUCGGGAAUAUAAAUAGUAGAAAAAAAUGUGCUUUCGAGUUUGUGUUUAGUGUUCAUAGUACGUCAAAAUUAUUUGUGCCAGGCGAUCUAGAGUCCUAGUCUACUCGUGGUGUUUUUGUCAAAUUCAUAAUUCGAGUGUAGUGUUGUCAAUAUAGGCUCGUUACCAUAGGUCAGCAGUGGAUGAAGAUGAUGAAUGGUUGUUGUGUCAAGAUGUCAGGACCGAAAAUUGAACCGAAAGCCGGUGAAGCGACUAUUAACGCUGUGAGUGCGAUGUCUGACGGCACUCUAUACUCUAUACCGAAGAGAAGGAAAAACAUUGUGGAUAUGGUGCUGAAGAUCAUUGAUGGAGAAGGGCCUAAGCCUAUGAAGAACAUGAGGCCAGCUCAGAAAAACCGCAAUGGUGCCGAUCAUUUUUGCGAUGAACACCACGGCGAAUAUGAAAAUAGGUGCGAGCCUAGCAGAGACAGAAUAGGCCGAGUGCAGACGCACAACAACGCCUGCCCCAAAAUGUAUGACGAGCUUAACAAGAGGCGGUCUAUUGCUAAGCCCACCGCAAACGCUUACAUGUCAUACUCGAAUAUGCCUGCCGCAACAGAGUUCGAUCCCAACUGUCGUAUUUGCCUCAAUCUCAAAAACCAAAUGGAACCGCUGCCACGUAGGAGGAGGCCCAACAAGAAGCCUAGACAGCGCAGGAAUAAGCAAACAAGGAACAACAGGAACAGAAUAACCAAAACUAAGAAACCAAGGAGAUCCGCUUACCCAUCAAGAGAGUUCAAACUUUCAAGGAUUAGGACGAACAAAUGUUGCCAAUGUACGACUUAUUACGUGCCCGCAGCCGCCGAAUCGAAGAGCGUUUCAACUCUAGACGACCAUCUUGUACCACAGCCAAAUGUCAUGGUUCCUAUGACGUCCACUCAAGGAACGAACCAUGAAGGCCCAGAUGCGAAAGGAGUUAAUAUACCCGUUCAGAAUAAGCCCAGUAAGAAGUCUGAUAUCGAUUCUGGUAAUCCAGAGACAAAUAGCAAUCCUUCUGUGAGUAGUUAUAACAGUUUCAUGUCGAUGGAACAUGAGCCGAUGGUUGAAUGAAUUUAGGGGAAUCGUGAGAAGACGUGAUAGAUCAAGAGUUAGCUACUGUUAGACUGUCCUAAAUAUUAUAUGAAUCUACCUACAACUUGCGUCUAGUCGGUGGAAAUGGGCGUAAAACCAAUCUUAGUUUUUUCUAGAGUGAUAUCUCAUUUUUUUAAUUAAAAAUUAACAUCAAUACGGACCAUUUCUUUAUGAAAGCAACCUUUGAUUUCGUACAGGACUAAGCAUACCGCACACUACAAUUUAAAUUUAUCUAAUCAAUCAUUCAUACCCAUUGUAGGAUUUUAUGGCCCAGGUCCAGCGGCAGCAAAAACAUCUGUUUUACUUAAAAUAACUGUUUACUUUGGAACUUGUACGUGAAAAUUCAUAUUAAACAGUUGUUUUAAGAUGUCGGUGAAUUUUGGCCUUUAUAGUCUUUACCAACUUUAAGAUGGAUGCAAGCACAAAGUUCCAGUCUAU